GCGACGCUCAGUCUGGUCUUCUGACUAGGGCGGCGGGAAGGACACCGGCAGCCCUCAGCCUCCCCUUCGCCUUCCCCGGAGACCUGCGCUGGGCACCAGUAGAUCUCCCCCAUGACAAUGUCUUCCAUUAAGAUUGAGUGUGUCCUGCCUGAGAACUUCCACUGCGGUGAGUCUCCAGUGUGGGAGGAAGCAUCCAACUCUCUGCUCUUCGUAGAUAUCCCUGCCCAAAAGGCUUGCCGGUGGGAUUCGCUCAGCAAGCAAGUUCAUAGACUGACCGUGGAUGCCCCAAUCAGCUCUGUGGCCCUUCGCCAAUCGGGAGGCUAUGUUGCCACAAUUGGAACAAAGUUCUGUGCUUUGAACUGGGAGGAUCAGUCAGUCACUGUCCUGGCCACAGUGGAUAAAGACAAGAAAAACAAUCGAUUCAAUGACGGGAAGGUGGAUCCCGCUGGGAGAUACUUUGCUGGUACCAUGGCUGAAGAAACAGCCCCAGGAGUUCUAGAACGGCACCAAGGGUCCCUGUACUCCCUCUUUCCUGACCACCACGUGGAAAAGUACUUCGACCAGGUGGACAUCUCCAAUGGUUUGGAUUGGUCCUUGGACCACAGAAUCUUCUAUUACAUCGACAGCCUGUCCUACUCCGUGGAUGCCUUUGACUAUGACCUGCAGACAGGAAAGAUCUCCAACCGCAGAAGUGUUUACAAGCUGGAGAAAGAAGAACAAAUCCCAGAUGGAAUGUGUAUCGACGACGAGGGGAAGCUCUGGGUGGCCUGUUACAAUGGAGGAAGAGUGAUUCGUUUAGAUCCUCAGACAGGGAAAAGACUCCAAACUGUGACAUUGCCUGUUGAUAAAACAACCUCAUGCUGCUUUGGAGGGAAGUUUUACUCUGAAAUGUAUGUGACCUGUGCCUUGGAUGGAAUGGAUUUUGAGGAUCAUUUGCGGCAACCUAAAGCUGGUGGAAUUUUCAAGAUAACUGGCCUGGGGGUCAAAGGAAUUGCUCCCUAUCCUUAUGUAGGAUAAGUGACAGGCCUUUCCUACUGGAGAAAACUUUGAAGACAACUAAAAAAUUCUGGAGCUCAAAUUUCAAUCUAGUUACCAAAAAACAAAGCAAUGAUAUAACAGAAUUAAAUUUUUAUUUUCUAUUUUUAAAAUGUAGAGAUUUUUAACAAGGGGUGGCAGGUGGGUUUGAUAACAUACUAUAAGGCCUUCUGCAAAGGUACUAUAGAAAUGUCAAGAAUUGUUCUACCGUCAACCAACCUCUUAAAUCUGAAAAUUGCUGGUGGACAGGGGGAGAGACAAGAGACUGUAUCUGUUCUAUAUUCUGCAUUCCAUACUUACUAUACCUAAAGCUUCAAACAAACUAAUAAAUAGUAAUAUGGUAAAGUCUUAUAAUAAUUAUGUUCCUUGUUAUUUUAAUCAUAAUCAUAAAAUGUGCUGCAAUGGUAACCUACCUUCAUAUUACUCUUCCUAAUAUAUAUAUUUUUCUGAAUAUUUAAUUUACUUCUAUUACCGUUUAGUCCCCUUAUACCUGCUCCCCUCUGCAAUCACCACCCUUGUUAUCUGUGUCCAUGAGUCCUUUUUCCUUAUUACUCAAUCCCUCCACACCCUAGUCUCCCCUACUCCUUUUCAUCCUGCCCUGUGUCCAAGAUUCUGUCUUGUAUUUUGCUUGUUAGUUCAGUUUGUUCAUUAGAUUUCAUAUAUAAGUGAAAUCAUAUGGUAUCUGUCUUUCUCUGGCUAGUGUAUUUCACUUAGCAUAAUGUUCUCCAGGUCCAUCCAUACUGUCACAAAGGGAAGAACUUUCUUCUUUUUUAUAGCCAGGAAGUAUUCCAUUGGAUAAGUGUCCUGUGGUUGUUUUAUCCAUUCAUCUACUGAUGGAUGCUUGGGCUGCUUCUGUAUCUUGGCAAUUGUAAAUAAUGCUGCAAUGAACACAGAGGUGCUUAUGUUCUUUCGAAUUAGUGUUUUAGGUUCUUUCGGAGAUAUUCCCAGAAGUGGGAUUGCUGGGUCAAAAAGCAGAUCCAUUUUUAAUUUUCUGAGGUAUCUCCAUACAGCUUUCCUAAGUGGCUGCACCAGUCUGCAUUCCCACCAACAGUGCAAAAGGGUUCCGCUUUCUCCACAUCCUCACCAGGACUUGUUGUUUGUUGAUUUAUUGAUGAUAGCCAUUCAGAUAGGUGUGAGAGGGUCUCUCAUUGUGGUUUUAAUUUGCAUUUCUCUGAUGAUU